AUGGCCGUCCCUGACACGGCAGUCUUCCAGGUCCCGGCCCGUGAGGAGCCCGAGACAGGCAAGGACGAGAGCAGCGAAGAUACCAUCAUCAUCACAGACGAUGGCGAGCCUGCCUUGACCUUUCGCGGCAUCUUUCUCGCCACCGUUCUAUCAGCCUUUCAGGCCGUCAUGUUCCAGAUCUACUACGUAAGGGGACUUUCAUCGUCCUCAUCGCCAUACUUCCUCGGCAAGGGAUGGACGGCUUUGUUUCCCCGCGGUGACAAGUUGGCCGCCCGAUGGAGGGAGCGAGGCGGCCAAGGCAAGUUGCCCUUGCUGAUUUCGAUCGCCAAUCUCAUCAACCCCGGCCCGUGGAAUCUCAAAGAGCAUGCCAUCUGCGCCAUCACGGCCACGUCGGCAUCCAACGCGGCCGCCAGCGUCGCCGUUUUCGCCGCACAGGACCCCUUUUACGACCUGCCCAUCAGCGCUACUACAGUCAUCCUGACGCUCAUUUCGAUCGGACUGUUUGGCUACGGUAUCUGCGGAAUGAUGCGUCCUUUUGCUGUCUGGCACGUCGAUGUUGUCUAUUGGAGCUGUCUCCCAACCGUCAAGACGCUCCAGGGCCUCCACUGGCAGGACCUCAAGGGCUCCAAGCCCCUUCGCUGGUUCUGGUAUAGCUUUGUCGGCAUGUUCUUCUACGAGUUUCUGCCUGCCUAUAUCUGGCCGUGGCUCAACGCCGUUUCGAUUCCCUGUCUUGCUGCGAUGCGCGCCACGGGCGAGAAGGCGGCCGUCCUUACCAACCUUUUUGGCGGCUCAGUGAACAACGAGGGCUUGGGAAUCCUUAGUCUGUCUUUCGACUGGCAAUACAUCACGUCGUUCAACACCUCGCUGCCCCUGCCAUUGCAAGCUCAUUCGGCGCUUGGAUAUCUCGUCUGCUUUGCCGCAAUGCUCGGCAUUUACUACACCAAUGCCUGGGAUGCCAAGUCGCAGCCCUUUAUGUCAACAAGGCUUCGAAAGGAGGACGGCACUGCAUACCCCGUAGCCGAGGUCUUCACUGGCGGCAUCCUCAACGUGGAGGCCCUUCAGAAAUAUGGCAUCCCCCGCCUCACGGGAAGCUUUGCAUACGCCAUGUUUAUGGCCAACGCAGCGAUCGGAGCUCUCGUUGCACACUGCGUGCUCUUCUGGGGCGGAGACGUCGUCAGAGCAUACAAAGCCGCGAGGAAUGGGCGACACGACGAUCGCCAUCACGCGCAAAUGAUGAAGCAUUACAAGGAGGCGCCGUGGUGGUGGUAUAUUGCUAUAUUAGUCCUCAGUUUCGUCCUCGGUCUUAUUGUCGUCACCACGCAGCAUAUUACCCUGUCCGCCUGGGCCUACGUCGUCUCACUGCUGCUCGGAAUGUUCAUCGCACCCUUCAGCACGCUGCUCUACUCCCGCUACGGGAACGGGAUUGCUACGAAUAACCUGUCAAAGAUGCUGGCCGGUCUCAUCCUCCCUGAGCGCCCCAUCGGCAAUAUGUAUUUCGCUGCCUGGUCACACAACGUCAUUGCCAACGCCGUCAACCUGUGCAGUGACUUGAAGAUGGGCGAAUACCUCAAGAUACCGCCUCGAGUCAUGUUCCUCACCCAGGUCUAUGGUACCAUCUUGGGCGGCUUCAUCAACUACGGCGUCAUGGUGUCCAUUGUACGCGGCAACCGUGAUCUGCUCGCGCACAGCGACAGCAACAGCGCAUGGAGUGGCGCUACCAUCCAGUCAUACAACACCAACGCAAUCUCUUGGGCGCUGGCCAAGUACCUCUACAAAACGGGCGCAAAGUACGAGAUGGUGCCUAUUGGCCUGGCCAUCGGAACUGGCAUCGUUGCCAUCCACCGCCUCAUUGCAUACUUCCUUCCCCGAAUCCGCAACUUCUCCCUCUAUGACAUCAACCUGCCCCAGUUCAUCCAGUACGCGGGCUACAUCCCCUACAACGCCUCGCAGACCUGCGUCAUCCUGUCCCAGGUCCUCAGCGGUUUCUUCGUGCAGUUCUACCUCCGCAACUACCGCCCGCGCAUCUUCAGGGACUACUCGUAUCUCAUCACGGGCGCCUUUGACGGCGCUAGUCUUACCGCCCUGUUCAUUCUGUCCUUUGCCGUGUUUGGGGCCGGCGGCCCGUCGGUGCCGUUCCCCAAGUGGUGGGGGAAUAAUUCGGAUGGGUAUUACGAUCUCUGUCCCGUGCCCGAGUAGUAGCUUGGGGCUCAGGGGUUCUCAGAGAUGCCUGCAAGAAGAAAACAACGAGACAAGUGUCAUCACUUUGCUUGGGCCACGCACCAGGCGGCAUCUUGCAAGAUGUCUGAUGGGCAGGCGGUGGCACUGGACAUGCCUGACAGGCAAGUUCUCCGCGGAUAUAUCCUGUAGUUACAUCCAGAGGUACCGCAGGGCUGAGGAUUCUUGCUGCUGAAUGCCAUCAGACCAUGAACUUGAACUUGUCCUUUCUGUGGUCCUGUCGUCCACAGCGCACUUCUGAAGCUGGUUGUAACCGAGAUGAAGAUAACAAGACAGCACAAUGAAAAUCGAACAUGAUAUGCUUGCAGAUAACUUACAUGUAUCUUUGAUUCUGAGACUGGGAGUGCCGACGAGCAAGGUCUCGGGGAGAAUCUCAAUUGUUUUACCAACUUCAA